AUGACUUCCAUGGCGAGCGUGCCGAUGGGGCAAAGUGUCGGUGCUGAUGGUCUUGGUGACCAAGAGACCGUGGUGAAAGUGUUGUCGGAGCCCGAGGGGGUGCCCCUGGCGAUGACGGCGGUGCCCGAUGUGCUGAAACCGGUGAACAGCAGGGGUCCCAUAGCGAUAGCAAUGAACAGGCAGACGAGAAGGUACGUUCUGCCGCAAAUCACGAAGGAGGACUCGCUGAACGCGCGGCUGUACUUGAAGAACUACGGGGCGAACGUGUUUUUGGACAAGUACUUGCCCGAGGAGGUAAACUCGCUGUACAUAUACUUCUUGAUCCGGUUGCUUGGGUUUGAGUUGAAGAACAGUAGUCUGACGAGGACGAUACAGGAUGCUUUGGAACCCCCACCGGAUGACAGGUCCCUUCUGCAGUCGGACGUUUGCUACACGUACCGGGGGAUAGACGACCCUCUGGACAUGCGCUUGACGGUGCGUCUGAUCAAGGACUUGCAACGGGCAAUGAACAAGAUAUUCGCGACGCGUGUCAAGCUCUCGAAUUUCACUACCGUUGACGACUUCGCCUCGAGGCUACAGAGUGCGUCGAACGUGAUUGUGCUAACCGGUGCUGGUGUGUCCACCUCUCUCGGGAUCCCCGAUUUCAGGUCUUCCGAGGGGUUUUACUCGAAGAUCAAGUACCUUGGGUUGCAGGACCCACAGGACGUGUUUAACUACGAGAUCUUCAGGAGGGACCCGUCCGUAUUCUACAGUAUCGCACACAUGGUGCUCCCGCCGAGCGGCAUCUACUCACCCUUGCACAGUUUCAUCAAGAUGCUCGCUGACAAGAACAAGUUGCUAAGGAACUACACGCAGAACAUCGACAACUUGGAGGCCGCUGCUGGGGUCCCCGCUGAGAAACUUGUGCAGUGCCACGGGUCCUUUGCGACGGCUUCCUGCGUGACGUGCCACUGGAAGGUCCCUGGGGAGAAAGUCUUCGGCAGCAUCCGGCGCGUUGAGUUGCCCCUAUGCCCUUACUGCGUCCAGGACAGGAGGCGUUUGUUCCGGGCCGCGAGGACCGCGUUGGGGCUUUCCGAGGAGGACUACUUGGACGAGAGCAAUUUCGAGCUGGACAAGUUCCUCGAAGCUGAUAACUCGCAGGCGUACGACGAUCUGGGGAUCCCGCUGGACAUCAAGUCCUACGGCGUGUUGAAACCGGACAUCACAUUCUUUGGCGAGGCGUUGCCCUCCAAAUUCCACAAGUCUCUCAGGGAGGACAUCCCGAAGUGUGACUUGCUCGUGUGUAUCGGCACGAGUCUGAAAGUCGCGCCAGUGUCAGAUAUCGUCAGUAUGCUCCCGAUUGACGUCCCGCAGGUGCUCAUCAACAGGGACCCGGUGAAGCACGCGGAGUUCGACCUCAGCUUGCUAGGGUAUUGCGACGAUAUCGCAUCGCUCGUCACGGACAGCUGCGGGUGGGAGCUCCCGCACAGGGACUGGGACAAGCUCAAGAACCAGCGGUAUUCCACGAGGGAGUGGAUGAGAGGUCUCUACAAUGUGUCGCGCAUCGAGUGA